GGAAAUGGUGGAACGGCUCCGUCCUCUACAGAAGAAGGUGUUGAGGAAUUUGUGGGUGGAACCUAUGUGAGAUUUGAUGCCCCAAAAGCCAAGAUAAGGAGGAGCUGGCCUGGAGUCCGCGACAUGAUCGUGCAUCGUUACGUGGUGUCCCGUGUGAUCUGGGCGUACAUGCUGUCGAUCGCAGUGACCUACAGCAUCACUCUGUGCCUGUUCCCCGGGCUGGAGUCAGAGAUACGAAACCCCACCUUAGGGGAGUGGCUCCCCAUCCUCAUCAUGGCCACCUUCAACAUGUCGGACUUCGUCGGCAAGAUCUUGGCAGCACUGCCGUACGAUUGGUCCGGAGGCCGCCUGCUCUUCUUCUCCUGCCUCAGGGUGGUCUUCAUCCCUCUGUUCGUCAUGUGCGUGUACCCGGCCCGUGCGCCCACCCUGUCCCAUCCCGCCUGGCCCUGUCUCUUCUCCCUCCUCAUGGGAGUCACCAAUGGAUACUUUGGAUCUGUGCCCAUGAUCCAGGCUGCUGGCAAAGUGCCGCCCGAGCAGAGGGAGCUGGCAGGAAACACCAUGACAGUCUCUUAUAUGACCGGCCUGAUGGUGGGCUCCGCGGUGGCGUACGCAGCUUACAGCUUCACCGCUCCAGGAGCAGGAACACGCCUCUCCACGCUCAACAUACACAUGUCUGCCAACGGUACAGGCUACUGAAUGUCAUAUUAAACAAAACACACAUAUACAUGUACACACACAUAUAUCACAGCCAUUUACUCACAUGAGAUCCUGGAGGGAGAAGCAGCCCAGACUGACGGACGUCCUCUUUUCAAAUCAUGCUUGGAUUCGGCUCAUUUGCUAAAUGAAGUGGGAUAAAGAGACAAAGAGUGAAAUGUAGCGUCGCAGUGAAAUGAUGUUAAACAGUGAAAUGUAGCAGAUUAGUGAACUCACUCACUCACUCACUCACUCACUCUCCAGCCCGGUGAUCCAGUGACCUUCACAUGUUCCGCCGUGAUGAACUUUUUACCGUCGGAGGUGAAGAACAGGAACUCAGCCCCUCGAAUGUCUCACAGCGUAAUUACCGUCUGCAUGCGAACACGUCGCACAGUGUCAGGUCAGGUGGUGUCUCACAGCGAGGGAAUGAACAUCUCACAGUUUUUCAUCGGGACCUUGUGUCUUGGGUCACAAAUGUUGCAUUUCACAAACCGCUGUGUAAAAAAGAGAGGCAAUGUUUUUCCAGCUGUUUCCUCAUUAUACUCUCCUCAGUUGAAAAUAAGACAGAAGUUUUCUGACACCGACCACAUCCAUGGUGAUUUGAUUUGGUUAAUGUGAUCGAAAUCCUCGUACUUCACCAUCUAAAAACAAACUAGAGCUACUGCCCUGUGGUUGUGUGGCUCCAUCAACCAGUGCAGUUUCAGUCUACACACAAUUUGACCUUUGACUCCUAAAAUCAAAUAAAUUCAUCGUUGAGUCCAACUGAACAUUUUUACCAAAUAUUUGAAGAAAUUCUCUCAAGGGGUUCUGUAUAUAUCCUGUUCACAAGGACAAGUUUCCGGUGCAGAGACAUAAAAAGUGACAUAAAGGACAUUAAGGUUAAUUUACAGCCUCAUAUGAAUGUAUGUAAACACUCCUGAGCUCAGGAUGAGUCAUCGGACGUGUUAUUAUAUUUUACAGGAAGAGAAAAACAAGAAGAAUUUGAUAUAAAAAGACAUUCGGCAGAGAAAACACAGAAUUAGAACUUGUACAGUUACAGUUUAUCUGUAAUGAUGUACAUGUCAGACCCGAUGCUGUGUUUCUAACACCGGUGUAUCACUACGGAUCUUUAACUAACAAAAACAAUGUGCUGAAAUCCUCCAUCUGCUUGUUUGUCUAAUCUGAAAUGAAAAUGUUUUUUGAUUCUUUUCAGCCUUAUGUUGUAUAUCUAAAAAAAAAUAGCUGCUUAAAUGAAUAACGCUAAAAGAAGAGGAAGCAGAUUUCUGUCCAGAGAGCGUCGCCUCGCCCUGAGACGAGAACAAAACAUUGGUAUAAGUUUUUGUUUUUGUCUUUGUCCCUCUGAACUGUGUCUGUGUUUAACGUCCAUGUGAUGAUUAUUGGGGGGAAAGACGAUUCGUGCCAAAAAAGGUUUCUGAUCAGUGUCGGUAGCCGAGUAAAGAGCGAAUGUGAAGUUGUACAUUUACAGAAUAAAAUGCACUGGAGGAAGUG